AUGACUCAAGUGCCAUCGAGAAUUGCCAUAAUCGGUCGGGGACAGAACUCUAACGGUUCGGGUGGAGUACCUUUGCUGCCAGUCGACCGUAAACAAGGCGCGUCCUGGCUACCUGGUGUCAUUAAAAUGGCCAAUAAUGAAAGCCCUCUUCACUCUAAGGUUGCGACUUCGCCACAUUCCUCCAUGAUCACGCUCUUGCAAGCCUCGGGUAAUCUCGAUAGUAGCAUGUUAAUGGAGAAGGGAAGGCUGUUUAGUGCCGAACGAGACAUGUGA